AUGUCCUAUCAAGGAAAUCCAUAUGGCAACUACCAGCCUUAUCCUCCACCGAUGUACGGCGGUCAACCGCCUGUUGUUCAUGGCCCACCGACCGUAGUCGUCGAUAAUCAUCAUCAUCAUGAGGAACCGCGACAUCAUGACGAUCACCACCAUGGGUUUGUCCAUAAUGUCACUCAUCCUUUCCAUCAUCACAACAAACAUCAUGGACACCACGAAGGGCAUCAUUACUGA